AUCUUCCCAACUUCGAGCGGCCAAGCAACAAACAACAACAGCGAGUGAGCAUGGCUGAGGACGCGGCGCAGCUCAGGGCAGAGCUGGAGGAGCUGAAGGCCCACACAGAGUCCAUGAAGCAAGAGCUGGAGAAGGAGUUGAACCAGGCACACAGUCAAUUGAAGAACGAACGCCAACGGCGUGCAAAGUUGGAACGGGACUUUCAGGACAUCAAGACAAAGUAUGACAGCACGGUGCAACAGAGCCAGACGGACGUGACCAAGCUGAAAUCCCAAGUCCUGUCGCUUGAAGAAGAGCGUGUGACGCUCCGCAAGCGCGUGACCGAGCUCGAGGACACACAGGACGAUCUGGAGCGAACAACGCGACAACAGGAGGUCACCAUCCAGCAGUUGCAGGACGACCUGAGUGACAAACUGGAGACCUUGGCGCUGGUUCAAGGAGAGCUUGAGGAGAUGCAGGAUGAUAAGCAGCACAUGAAGCAGGCCCUCAACGAUGCCGUUGAUGAAGCGUCUCUGCUGCGAGAACGAUUGCAAUCGCUCGAAUCGACCGAGCACACAAACCACACACCACACGCGCAAGAAGCACACCAACAGCAGCACCAACAACAACAUGGCGACGAGCAGCAGGGGCGAGAGGAGGCGGAACUUCAGUCGCUGCUGUCGUCUCCUGGUGUGAACACACACACAUCCAACAUGACAGCACCAGGUGCUGACAGCAUCCCCACACAGAACCACCGCCAUGAACAACAACAGCAGCGAAGGCGGCAGGGUUCACUGGGUAGCACAAGCUCCAUGGCAACGGUGGUGGAUGAGCUGUCCGUGUUUGAGCGCAGUUUAACCCCGCGUGACACGCUGCGGUAUCGGCUGAGAACCUUCAAGAUGCUCCUUCUUGCGUCAAGUCGACUAUCGGCCCUGGAGGAUCAGCUGCCGGCGUCUGUUGUUGGCAUCGACACAUUCUAGUGACCACACACACACACACACACACAAACACACGAACACCCUCUCUGAUUCUUUUAGCAUGUUACGCUACGACAACAGCGCGACUUUGCUGUGUACAGCUGUAACAAUACUUGAUCUCUGUGCUUGAUGGUUGCUGUAUUGGGCUGGUGGUCACAUCACACCACAUCGUAUCACAUGUCACAUAUCGGCACAUCACACUGCUUGCCAUGAACAUCCAUACGUGAACAGCCUGCGCUGUCCUGUAUUGAACUGUCAGCAGAAAACAAAACAUCAGC